CGUAAUUAACAGCUAACCGCCGACAGAGGAAAAGCCUCAGCAGUCGGCUCUCUUCUUGGAGUCUCAGUUAAUUCUCAGGUUUCUGCUCCUUCUCGAGUUUCGCAUGAAAUCGAUAAGCGAGAGAGAAGCAAUGUCAAAUGAAGAAUUACAAGAAAAACGGAACUUUCUUUCAAUCAAUGCGCAAUAAUUUCUGCGAAAGAAUCUAAAAUUUCCGUAGCAGAUUUAUGAAGGUGAGGAUUACCAGAUAUGCCUUCGUCUCAAAAGUUCUUCUACCCUCGCCGGCAGUGGUUUUGUUACAACCUGCGAUCCUCUCUUCUAAUCGGCUGUCUUCUCAUCGGAAUCACUGGUUUUUCUUUCGGAUUAGUCGCCAUUCUUAGGUCUAGUUCUAGAUAUAAAUGUAGGAAUCCUGAACCUAGAUUUGUUUCUGUUGUUUGGGAGAAAAGUAUCAUCAGUAGCGGUCGAAUAGGUAAUGUGAAUCUUGUAACUUCUGAUGGAGAUCGGAAUAGACAUAAGGUGAUGGGGUUUGUUGGAAUCCAGACUGGUUUUGGAUCCGUUGGAAGGAGAAAAUCUUUGAGGAAGACUUGGUUUCCUUCUGAUCGUCAAGGACUUCAACGUUUGGAAGAUGCCACUGGUUUGGCUUUUAGAUUUGUGAUUGGGAGAACCAGUGACCGAUCAAAGAUGGCGGAACUUAGAAAGGAGGUGGAAGAAUAUGAUGACUUCUUGGUGCUAGAUAUUGAGGAGGCGUACAGCAGACUUCCAUAUAAAACGUUAGCUUUCUUCAAAGCUGCUUAUGGACUUUUUGAUUCUGAGUUCUAUGUUAAAGUUGAUGAUGACAUAUAUUUGAGGCCAGAUCGUCUUUCAAUACUCUUGGCAAAAGAACGGUCUCACCCUCAAACUUACCUUGGUUGCAUGAAAAAGGGUCCCGUUGUCACCGACCCCAAACUCAAAUGGUAUGAGCCUCUAUCUUACUUGCUAGGAAAGCAGUAUUUUCUUCAUGCUUACGGGCCUAUAUAUGCUCUUUCUGCAGAUGUUGUCGCAAGCUUGGUUGCUUUAAAAAAUGACAGCUUCCGGUUGUUCAGCAAUGAGGAUGUCACAAUUGGUUCAUGGAUGCUGGCAAUGAAUGUCAACCACGAGGAUAGUCGGCUACUUUGUGAACCCGAGUGCACACCAUCAUCCAUUGCUGUUUGGGACAUUCCUAAGUGCUCAGGGCUCUGCAAUCCGGAAAAGAAAUUAUUAGAACUUCAUGAGCAGGAUAUUUGCUCAAAGAGUCCAACUGUCUUCUGAUGAUGAGUAAAGGUUUACCUCUGUAUCUAGUAGAAUGAGGAGAUGCUACCGGAGAAAGAAAAUGAGGAUGGCCUAAUAUAUCUGAUUUGCUUGUAUUCAAACUGCCAUUUUUUGAUUGCUAUUCUUUGUAGGGGGUUUUCUUCAUCCCCCCCCCCCCUUCCCCCACUGUAAUUUUUUGUACUGAUAUUUGAUUGAAUGCAAAACAUUUUUGGCAAAAUGAAGUUUUCUCUUGAGAGCAUGGUUGAUCGUUAGUGAAGUUUAUGAUCCAUCUGCAUCUA